UGGUUGCUUGAAUUUCGACAAUCUCAUGUGAAAAGGACCUUAUAACGGUUAAGUUUGCCAAACUGAUAUUUUCCCGGCAAAAGCAUAUGAUAGUUGGCAGGCUCAUUGUUUAUAACGUUUAUGCCUCUCGUAUUUUUUCAUUUCAUCGAGGGUGUUUUCUUGUUCGCGCAUUUCAGCCGACUUUAGUUUCUUUUUUUGGUAAAGGUAAAACUUGCAACAGAACUUUAUUUAUUAACAUGCCACCUAAAAGGAAAGUAGUCAAAGCGGAAGUAGAUGCUGCAGCUACUUCAGAAGCCGAGCCUGUUAAACAGAAGAGAGGAAGGAAAGCUAAAGAAGAGAAGAUAGAAGAAGCUAAUGGAAAUGUAGAUGACGACAUCCAGGAUGAAGUUCCUGAACUACCAAAACGUUCUGGAAGGGCAAAGAAAACAGUUCCAGCCUACAACGAAACUUCAACCAAGGAAGCCAAAGCUGAGAAACCUAAACGUGGCAAGAAGAAGGCAGCAAAAAAAGAAGAAUCUCCUGUUCCAGAAGAAGUUGAAGAACCAGAGGAAGCUGAUGAACUAUCAGAAGAAGAGCCUAAACCCGUGAAGAAAACAAAAAAGGGAGCUGCUGAAAAAUCCACAAAGAAAACAAAGAAAGUAGCUGCUGAUUCUUCUGAAGCUGAUGUACCUAGUAAGAAGUCGAAGAAGCCAGCAGCUGAAGCUAAUGGUGAUUCCAAAUCGGCCGAAAAGAAAUCCAAGAGGGGUGCAAAAUCAAAAAAGAAUGUUGAAGAAGAAAAUGAAGAUGAGGGUAAUGAACUUUUGGACUAAACUAUUCUAGGAUUAUUUUUUAAUCUGUUUCUUAAUUAUUGGUAUGUUUGUUAAAAUUAGUAAAGAAUAACUGUAACUGAUGCUGUACACAUCUCUUAUCUACUGACAAGCAACCACUAGUGAUGAUUGUUACUGUCUUAAAGGUAUGUGUUUCAACUCUUAUUGUAUACUAUUAUUAUGUCAUUUGCAAAAUGAUUCAUAUUCACAACUUACAUGAUGGACAAAGACACCUUGCAAUGCAGCUUACUGUACAGUAUUUUCAUUGACUUUUAUGUUUUUAUUUUAAGGGAUCUUUGCUUACCAAAAUUAACUUUCUGUCCCAAAUUUGUUGAAACAUACCUUAAAUGUCAUGUUUUGUGUGUACUUCACAUCUGUAUUCUUGUAUUUUUUAUUUUUUUCACAAAUGUCCAGUUCAUUUUUUCUGUACUAAUAGUCUAAUAUCCAUAUUUAGUGAUUUAGGUUUUGACAUAUUGUUUUUUUAUUUAUAUACUCACUUUCCUUAAUAAUUUUGCUGAGUUACUUUUUUUCGUCUGUCAUUGCUUGAGAAAUGUAGCUCUUAUAUUUUGAUUAGUCAGUUGUUUUAAUAUAAAAUUGAACAGACAUGAAAGUAUCAUUUUUUUGUGCGUAUUGGCAUCAGAUUGUAUGUAAAACUAGCAUUUGAAAGAAAUUGAAGGUCUUAAGUGGUGUAAUGAUACAGAAAAAUCUCGAAUUAAAAAUAACUCUGCAAAUAAUUUUGUUAUAUGUGUACCAAAGGCUUUGUGUUUUAAAAUUUUUCAGUUAAAUUCAAAUCUGAGAACAGUAUUAUGUUAACAAAGUGUUCAAUAAAAACAUUAAUAAG